UAAAUGGAGUUUCUUACACUUCACAAAUAAAGUUUAUUUCAGAGUAAAGUUUUCCAAAAAAAAAACAAUGAAAUCCAUUUUCUUAUUGGUUUCUCUUGCCGUUGUCAGUGCCAGAGUGCCGUUAGUACCUGAAGAUCACAGGGUAAACCAUGCGGUAAACCAUUGGAUAAAACCAUCUCUUCCUUUGGGCAUCCAACCUUACGAAUGCUUCUUACCUGUUAAACCUACCUCCAUGCGUAGGUGAUGCACGCGUUAUUCCUGUUUACAGAUGGGACUUUUGGACUAAUCGAUGUGUAAGAGACUUUUACAAAACUUCAUGCAUUCCCUCCAGAAACAAGUUUGCUACUCUUAAACAAUGUCGUUUUGAAGCAGAACCAGUUUGCAAAUUGGUUGUAACUCCAUACUAACUUAUAAACGAUUUGUGAUUUAGAUGAAAUAAAUUCUGUUAAAGAUU